AUGGCGCAGCAAGUCAAUUCGAAAAUUUUAUCAGGUGAUGGUCCUGAUGCGAAAGAAAAUUCUUCGCGUAAACAAUGCAAUUCAACGCCAUUUUCCAUACCUGAUGCUCGUCUACUUGGUAAUUCGAAUGCAAAAGGAGCAUUGCAACAGUUGAAUGAGCUGCUAAAUAUGCAUGUGGCUGGAAGGCCAAUGAACGACUUUGGUGGUUCGUUACCUUUCUCUUCAUUCUCAUCGAUUUGCUCUCUUUUCGGUCUCGAUUCACGUACUACACCGACAAUUCCAAUCAAUGACUUGCGGGGAGACGAGGCCGCCAGGUAUACGCGUGAAGAACGAUUAAUCCGAUGUCAGAUUGCGGCCUUAUGUCGACUUAUCGACCUCAAUGGAUGGACUCAGUCUAUUUACAAUCACAUAUCGGCAAAAUGUUCUCAAGGAGAGUACCUGAUCAAUCCCUUCGGACUUCUCUAUCAUGAAGUACAGGCAUCAACCCUGGUGAAGUUCUUUUCAUUUUCAGGGAGUGUGUUGGACCCUGGGAGCACAGUUUUGGGCGUUAACAAAGCCGGAUGGUGCCUGCACUCAGCAGUUCACAGUACUCGAGAUGACGUUAAUUGUGUAGCCCAUAUUCAUCUUCCUGAUGUGGUCGCUGUCUCGUGCAUCAAAUCGGGUCUUCUCCCAGUCAGUCCAGAGGCCGCAGAAUUGCUGCCAACAGUCCGCUAUCACAACUACGCUGGGAUAGUUACUGACAGCGCCGAAGCUGAUGCCAUUCGUGCGGACCUCGGAAGUGGCAAAAUUCUCUUUUUGCGCAAUAAGGGUGUCACGGUAGCAGCGUCGACCAUACCCGAGGCCUGGUAUCUCAUGAAACGCGUCAUAAGUGCCUGUCAAACUCAGAUGCGUUUGCUCCAACUGGGAUGUGGCACUAAUCUUCUCAAUGAGUUGGUCGUUCCCCCAUCUGCUGAAAAGGAUACUCCCGCCGGCACAGAAGGUGUACCAGAGCAAGUCAGCGGCUGCAAUGACGAUGUCCAGCACACCACGUUACCUGAAAGCCAUUCCUCCACUAACGGCGACGUCAACGUUGACGAUCAUCUCAAUGGCAUAGGUGCCAAAUCGACCAGCAGUGGAGUUACAGACCUUUCUGGGUGGGGAGUUGGCGAGAUGGAAUUUGAAGCUCAGAUGCGGAUGCUCGACAGCGCUGGGUACCGGACGGGGUACGCUUAUCGCAACCCUAACCUACUACGCCGUCAACCAACAGAAAUGCCUUGGUCUGCGAGUACCACCCAACGACAACAGACGGAUGACUUCUUCACAGGAUUCCUUUCAGAUAGCACAGUGGCAGAUGCCAGUGAUGUGGAUGACGUUGCAGCUGCCACUCAAGCUGGCGCUGCGCAGAUGACAAGUCCUGCUUUUGUUGUGUUUCAUGCCCCUCUUCCGUUUGCUACGCGCUGUCGCUACAUAGACCGUUUGUUCGCCUCCCGCACUCCUGCCUAUCAGUCGACUCCAUUGAAUGGACAGCACAUUCAAGAAAGUGUGGAGGAACUGGCGGCAGCCGCAGCAAUUCCUCCUCUCGAUUUAGCUGCAUCCGCCUCUUCCGGUUUCGACAAGGCUACACCGACGAAAUCUGGUCGAAAAAGCAUGAAAUCCCCAUUUUCUCCACGCAAUCGCUCGAAGGGGAAGAUUGAGGCCCCCGAAUGCGUCAUCGAGGAACCUCGAACUCCUCCCACUCCCAGGGCUGAUUUGGCCAGCCGCAGUGCCAGCCUCCCCGCUCACGCAAGGAAUCUGGUCAAAUUCCCGGCUCGUUUCAGCAACAGUCUAGAGCCCGUUGACGGCAUUGUCUCGGACGAUGAAGAGCAUAAGCUGAAAGCUGAGAAGAAAAAGAGCAGAUGGGGCAGUUUUCGCUUCCCUACUUUUAAAAAGAAAGUCAAGCAGGCUCCUUCAGCGGUCUAA